AUGCCACAGUCCGCAUACCUGCCAGCCAGGAGUGCUCAGGAUGCACUGGAUCGUGCACUGACUCACUGUCAUCAUGCCAGAGCCAUAUUGCGUGCCCAGCAGAACAAUCCACACCUUCGCAAACAAGGUCAUCAGACCGCGCCUUGCAGAGGAGCCAUAACCUUAUCAGUAGAUCUGCAGAAAGCUUUUGACCUCUUGCCCAGAGCGCUUCUGGAUCAGGCCUUGCAAGCAGCUGAAAUUAGUGCCGAGCUCCGGUGGGCGAUACUCCAAAUCCACCGCCAUGCCCAGAUGCAAUUCAAGGUCGGUCAACACCAGACCACCGUCACGACAGAAAAUGGCAUCAGGCAAGGAUGUGGGCUAUCACCCACAUUAUGGAGUCUUUUUACGGGCCUUGUCCUUAGCGAGCUGCUGAGUCAGCUUGGCAAAGAGGAUGUGACUGCUUAUGCGGACGAUUGGCUUUUCCAAUGGUUUAUAAACCAGGUCUCUGAUCUUGACAGUGCCAUUGACAAAAUUUCGUUCGUCCUCACCACUCUUGCCAGAUUUGGUAUGAAGAUCAGUGUUGAUAAAACGGUCAUCCUAGUCAGUGUUAAGGGUACAAAAGCAGCCGGUGCCCUCAAGCGUCAUGUCAGACACGUUCCUGGCAAAGGGCACUUCCUUUGUAUCCCCGUGGGUGCUGAACAUGUUCUGCUGCCCAUUGUGAAACAACACACUUACCUCGGACUCCAGCUUAGCUACACUGCCCCUGAACAACUUAGCCUCAAGCAUAGGUUCCGGCAGUCCUGGACCACGUUCAACAGACUUUUGCCAGCCCUGAAGAGCAGCAGCCUCACACAACAGCAGAAGCUUCGUGUAUGGCACAGCUGCGCUUACGCGGCCCUCAUGUAUGGCCUCGACUGUACCGGCCUGCCACUGGGGGGGGCAGAGAAACUUUUACAGCAUGUGGCUAAGCAACUCCGGGUUAUCCUGAAGAGCCCCGUUCAUCUUUCCAGAGAAUCUUCGAUUGAUCUCCUUGCUAGACUUGGUUACAUCACGCCAUCGCAAGACCUCGCGACGCGCAUACGAAGUCGGGUUGAGAAGUGCCAGCAAGGCCACAUGCAGUCGCUCCAACCCACACGUGUGCACUCACGCUGGAAUCUGCUACUUGCGCACGCAGAUAGCUUGAAGCAGGAGCCCACGUCGGUGGAUAUCAGCCAGCCAAGCUACAAGGUUGCAACCGCGGUUUUGCCUGCUAUGGCACCUGCAGACUUGCCCGACAGGGAGCAUGCAUCCGAGCCUGAAACGGCGGAGCUUCUCCAGGCCCAGGCCCAAGCGGACAUGUUCAAGACGAUGCUGAACAACUCCGCCGCCAGCGGAGCGGGACCGCAGAGUCUGGGUACGGCAGCCAUGCAAGCACCGGCUCCCUCGACGCCUAUGGACACUGCGCAGAGGGACGGGAAACGCGGCACGGUGGAGGACGAGUCCUCCAAAGGCAACGGCUCGGGAAAGGGGCCGAACAAAUGGCCACGCCGCGAGCACGAGAAGGGCAGCCACGGACGAUCUGGGAAUGGCUGGGGAAACCAUGGCAACUGGGGAGAUCAUUGGGGCCCCCAGUCCCGCGAGCCAUCGGAAGUCCGGGACCUAUGCCUGAUGAUGUCCAGACUGGUGCUGCGGCACGAAGAUGCCCAGAGCAUAGCCAGGACGGAGACAGGCUUUGUUAUGUUCUGCCAGACCCAGGGCCUCCUCUCGUCGCUUCCGGACCUCAUGAAGGCCAACGAUGUCUGGAAGAAAGCCAAAGAGGAGAUGCCGAACACCCUGACCAUGCCACUACGGGUCGCCUUGCUACUGCAGUUCCUGGAGAUUUGGCACAGCCGCAUGGGAAUGAUCGACAAGUCCGAGGACAGCAUUGCCAACGCCAAGGAAAUGCUGAUUCUCAAUGCGGACAACAAGGUCCCCUACCUCCAGUACAAUGCCCAGGAAAAGAAGAUGGAGAUAAAGCCAGACCGGGAGCCAAUGGAACUGGAGGAGGUCAUGGAAUGCCUCAAGGACCUCAAAGGCCUCAUCAUCCUCCCGAUGACCGUGAUCCGCUUCCAUGCCACGAGACGCCUGUCUCAGGAUCUCAAGGGAGAGAUUCUGCCAAUGGUCCUGGAGAUUGGUCUCAGGACCAGAGAAGCAGAUCAGGCAUGGCAGAUGUUUACACGGCUCUGCCACUCCGGAGCAUGCCGGGCCAUGGCUAUGUCACUGAGGGCGGACAAAAUGGGCAGGUCAGCACUGGCCACCAACCUCCAGAAGAUGACCGAAAGCAUGUCAGAUCCUUAG